AACCUACGCCCUUUGCAUGGGAUAGACUCUUGACAACAUCAUCUGUCUUUACAUUAUUGAGAAUACAAACUGAGAUUGUAUACAAGACUCGUGUCUCACAAGGCAAAAUGGCGGACAAAUUACAUGUAACUCGAGUGUAUUCAGAGCUUGGAAACUCAUUGGCGUACCAAUCACCAAUUGUCUCUCUUCUUGGCGUGAUAGUCCUUAUUCUGUCUUCCAUCUAUGUUGCGAGGCGGGUUCGCAAUGACUAUUAUGCCUUCCUGGCACUCGGUCCAGGAGGAACGCCUUCCACUCCCAGAGGAUACUUGCGUAUAUGCGUCUUGCGACUCUUCCGCCUCCGCAAUCCCCUGGAACCGCCGUCGCUGCCUCCCUUUUUACAUCCGCAGCAGGGUAUUCUGAAGGACCUCCCCAGGAGACAAGGCCGCCGUCCUAGAGUCGCCGGGAUUGCUCCUCAGCGCCAGAUGAGCCAGCGUGGAGGUCAGAUAAUGUAUGAGGCUCUGUCUUCUUCGAUUAGAAACCUCAUCCAAUGCCACCAAGACCGUCUUUUCCUUGGGACCUCGUGUUUCGAGAAGCAUAGCACCGGUAUCUUUGCAAACGCUGCCUUCCGCAGCCGGCCCACUUGCAACGGCGAAGUCUGUCAUGCCCACCCUUGCGACGCCAGCAUGCACCUCACCCUCCAUCCAGCCGAUGUAAAACUGGUCAUUGAGCGUGGUUGGGGAGAACGCCAUCCUCUGGCGCGGGAGAGCUGGUGGUGGAGAGCUAAGAUCGUUCCGCCGGGUUUCGUCAUGAUCUAUGCGCCGCGGGAUGAGAAAGACCUGCGCUACGUGAUGGAAAUCAUCCGCGCUGCAGCCUGGUGGGUGACUGGGACAGAGUUGAAGCGAGACAUCGAGGUCAAUCAGGAAUUCAAAUCAAUCGGACAUGGUGAAUUGAAGCCGUGUCCUGAGUGCUGAUCUCAUCCUAGUCGACCCCAAAAUUCGCAUACGUUGUACACCACCACUUC